AUGGCAGAAACGACAGAGGACGGUCGAAUCGACAUAGAUAAAAAACAACUUGUUGAACUCUUGGAGGACUUGAAACGCUCCAAUGCAGCGCAACAAGCAGAAAUCGAUCUAUCUGAGCGAUAUAUUAAUCGACUGGACCCACAAACUCAUUUGGAGUCUUUUGAAACAGCAUCACAGCUCGAAAUGGCAACUAGUCCAGGAAGGAAAACCAAAGUACACACUCCAGAGAGACAACAGCUUCUGACACUGGAACAGAAAUGUGAUGUCGCCCAAAGCGUGCAUAAACAGAUUACAGAAGAUUUGAAGAAAGCAAAAGACCAUUCAGAAAGAGAGCUGGAUAAUUACAAGGCAACUCUGGAAGAAGCUGAUAUCCACUUGGCAGAGGUUAAAAAAGAAUGUUGCCAGUUUGAUCGGGACAUCGUUAAAGCACUGCGAGACAAAAAGGGUGUGACGAUGAGUGCUGAGAAGGUCAGCAGAUACAUUGAGGAUAAAGUAAGGGCAAAGGAGAACUUGAUUGAGAAGUUGUAUCAGAAGAACACAGCACUCCUCUCAUACAAGAAAAAACUACAAAUCCAGUUGAAACAACAAGAGGAGAUGGGUGAAGGGCUGACGGCUAUGGACUUUGAGCAGCUCAAGUUUGGGAACAUGAAAUGUAGGAAGCAGCUGGAUGAGCAAAACCUCAAACAUAUGGAACUCAAACUGUUUGCAGGGAAGACCUUGCAUGUCUUGAAUUCUGAGAAGGAGAAGCUUCAGACCUUGACACAUGAGUCAGAUGUGCUCAACGGUGACAUUGCUUUACGAAUGAAGAUACUGGUUAAGAUUGAGGAGGAAACUAAGCAAGCAGAAGAGGAACGAAACAAAGCAGAGACUCUGAACAGGAAGUUGAGGGGCCAGUUGGCUGAUUUUCACAUACCACAUGUCCUACAAUACAUCAAGGUUAAGGAGUCUCAUGGUCAGCUGCAGAAGAGUGUUAAAGAAUGGGAACGCAAGGUGGAGAUUGCAGAGAUGUCAUUAAAAACACACACAAAAUCCUGGGCAAAGCUUCGGAUCGCUGCUGGAGCCAGACCAGUUCCUGCACAACAUGCAGCUAUAGAUGCUGGAUUGUAUGGGUUCUGAAACAACUACAACUACUAUGUCCUAACUAACAUCAGUGCCCAAGAUAAUGUCAAAGAUGCCCAUACAUUUAGCAUCUUUUGCUAAAUUUCAUUGAAGCAAAAAUGUCUUAACAUAAACAAUAAAAAUGAACAUA